AUGCGAUGUUCCUCUCAAUUUUCAUAUAUUAAUUUAUUGGAAAAAUUUUGUUUAUACUAUUUCUAUUUUUAUAGCGAUGGCGCUCACGAAAGUAUGUUGGGGAAGGCCAAAAAGCCCCAGGUCACUAGCAAAAAGGUGCAAAGUCAAGAAGAAUAUGAAGCACUCCAAAGUUUCCUGCGCAGCAUCAGUUCAACAGCCACACUGCCUCCGUAUGUUAAAGGAGAGACCUACUCCUCCGUCCGUGGAGUGUUUAAUCAGUGUUUAAUAACAUGCGCGGUAUUAAUACUAGCUGCGGGUGCCGGUCACCCUAUAGGCUUCUCAGCGGUUGCCCUGCCACAGCUGAGGACAGAGAACUCGACUAUGAGAAUCAACGAUGAUAUGGGCUCUUGGAUAGCGAGUAUUCACUCGGCGGCGACCCCGCUUGGCUCCAUGUUGUCGGGACCUAUCAUGGAGGCGAUAGGUCGGAAAAGAACCCUUCAAGCAUCCACUCUCCCACUAGUUAUAGGUUGGAUACUCAUAGGAACAUCCACACACCACGCAUUACUUUUACUAGGAAGAAUUGUUUGCGGUUUCGCCGUCGGCAUUCUAGCAGCGCCUUCACAAGUAUACUUAGGAGAGAUAUCAGAACCACGGCUGCGAGGAUUAUUGAUAGGCACCCCGUUCGUGGCUUAUUCUUUAGGAGUGCUAUAUGUGUAUGCAUUGGGUGGCGCAUUAUCAUGGCGGGCUGUAGCGCUACUCUCUAUCGUACUACCCACAUUAGCGUUCAUAGCACUAUGCUUUUCACCUGAAAGUCCCACCUGGCUAGCAAGACGAGGAAGAUUCCACGACGCAAUGGCAGCUAUGGCCAGACUUCGAGGAGAUCCUGAUACGGCCCAACGCGAGCUCCACGAAUUAAUAUCAGCAAGGGAGAAAGAAAAAGCACGCGGUGAAGAAACGAUUCGCUUCUUAGCAACAGUACUCCGAGCUCCUGUAUUGAAACCUUUAAUCCUCAUCAAUGCAUUCAACAUGCUGCAGAUUCUUUCAGGCAGCUACGUAGUUAUUUUUUACGCUGUCGACAUCGUUAAAGACGCGGGAGGAUCGUUAAGCCCUACUAUGGCAGCAAACGCCAGUGCAUUGGUCCGUCUGUUGGUAACAGUAAUUGCUUGUGUUGCAUUACUCAGAGUAACACGUAGAGCGUUAGUACUAGUCUCUGGUAUAGGAACCGCGUUGUUCACACUCGCUCUCUCAGGCUUGCUUUACUAUGGACCAGGCACGGGAGUACUUCCACCGAUUCUCAUAUUAGGAUACGUUGCCUUCAAUACCCUUGGCUUCUUCUUACUGCCAGGGCUUAUGAUCGGCGAACUUUUACCUACAAGAGUUCGAGGACUCUGCGGAGGUUAUAUAUUCUGCCUCUUCAAUAGCGUUCUGUUUGGUUUCACAAAAUUAUACCCCGUCAUGAAAAACAAUAUCGGUAUGUCCGGCGUAUUCGGACUCUUUGGUGCGUCCGCCUCUUUGGCUACAGCGGUUCUAUUCCUCCUACUACCCGAGACGAAAGGGAAAUCUCUCAUUCAAAUAGAACAGUAUUAUCAGAAACCGAACAUACUAUGGAUGACGAGGAAAAAGGCAGCUGACUCUCAAAAUGUUUGA